AUGAAACUAUUGCAUAAUCAGUCACAUAAAAUACUAAUAAAAAAUUAUUAGCAAUUAGCUAAAUUAAUUAGUAAUUUUUUACAAAGAACUAUUAAAUGUGAAAAAGCUAUAGGUAUUUCUAAAAAAUUAAGAGCUAAAAAUAUUUAGAUAAGAUUUAGAUAAGAAUGGUAUAAUGCUAAAAUUGUUGUAGUAAAGGAAGAGAGAAAAUAAGUAAAAGAACCUAAAAAGUGA